AGGCCAGCCAGGCACUGCCCGAGAGCCCCGUGAUCCUGGACGAUAGGACGCAGGAGCUCGUCAGCAAGGUGGUGACCAGCCUCAGCGAGCGCCUGCAGAGGCAGCGCCGCGGGGGAGACGCUCCCGACGCCGGCUCCUCCCGGCGGGGCAACGCCACGGGCCAAGGCGCCGGGGACGAGGUGCAGUGGGUCGGCUGCUUCGCCCCCGACUCGCUGGCCGUGGACUCGCAGCGCGGCCUCUCGAAGGGGAUCGGCUGGGGGCACAGCUCUGAGAGCUGCAGGGUUGCGUGUGCGGGCUUCCCGUACAUGGCGCUGCAGGGCGGCGGCUGGUGUUCUUGCGGCACAUCGUACAACUUGAGCGGGCGGCACUUCAAGAUUGAGGACAAGGAGUGUUGGCCGGUUUGCUCUGGCGAGCGAGCAUUGGAGCCGUCACGACCCUGUGGUGGUUUCCUCGCAAACGCUGUCUACGCGCUGGAGAGUACGCGGCACAGGUGCGGGCCGCCGGCAGCUGCCGCGGCCGCGCCGGGGGCGGGUGGCUCGGCGGGUCGAGGCCGCUGGCGGGGACUUGUCCGCUCCGCCCGGCCUCGAUGUGUCGGAGUUCCAGGUGCCGGUGCGCGGCGGCGCGCAGAGCGUGCGGCUGAGGCGGCUUAUAGGAGAGGGGCGAGCCGCGACCAGCCGAUGGACCUGCCGCGCCUGCGGCCAGCGGUGCUGUUGCUGCACGACGGCCCUGGGCUCGCCAACGCCGCCAGCCUCCUGGAACCGCUGGCGUGGCGGCUGUGCCGCGAGGGGUGCACGUGUUUCCUUCCGGCGCUGACGCGCGGCAUGCCGAACCGCACCUCCAUGAGGGCCAACGUGGGCGACGCCCAGGACGACGUCGCGCGCUUCAUGUAUGAACGCCUCGGGGAGUUCGAGAUGCACGCCGUCGGCCACGGCUACGGCGGCGUGGUCAUCAUGGAGGCCCUGCUGCGGGCGGGCCCCUGGGAGGACACCGCCCGCGGCUUCCUCUCCGCACUCGAGGGCGGCCAGACGCCCCGGCUGCGCUCCGUAUCGCUGCUGGGCACCCCGAGCAGCACGGGCGUGCUGCGCAGCGAGGCCCUGCGCCUCUUCCGCGCCGCGCUCAAGGAUCGGGGAAACGACAGCCAGCGCGACGAGGGUGCGGCGGAGCGCGAGUUUUGGGAGCGCCACUUCAGCUCCGGGUCCUCCCUGGUCGCUGAGGCGUACAUGCGCGCGGCGUGGAAGCCGUGGGAGGAUUUCCCGCUGCGGGGCCGUCAGGAGGGGAAAAACACACAGACACAAAUACUCGUCGAAGCCCAGGAGACUGGAAAGUAUAGGAAGUGGUUGGGAAGAUCAACGUUCAGACUAUGGAAAGAUAUAAGGAACCCGGGGAUCAGUGUCUAUUUGGUCGGCGGAUUUUGUGCCAUCUAUUUGUGUCCCUGGGCGCCUUGCGUAAGGCUGGGAGAUCAGCCGCCACGAGAUGGAGAGCCGCUACGCCGCGGCCUCCUCCGGCGCGCCGCUCCUCUGCGUGCGCGGCGAGAGCGACUUCGUCACGGACGCGUGCGUGGACGGCUGGCGGGGCGUCGACUGCCCCAGGUUCCGGGGCCUGUUCACGGAGCACGUUGUCGUGGGCUGCGGCCACAACGCCCAGCUGCAGCAGCCGGACUUGUUCGCUGGGGUGCUUCACGAGUGGCUGUGCGCUGUGGAGGCGGUGGCCGUGGAGUAGAGGCGCGGCCGCCUGCGCCCAGGUUGGAGCAGCGGAGCGACCUGCUGCAGGAGGGAGACGGUAUCGGUAUCUUGUGCUUUUACCAGGGUCGGAAUAGUUUACCGACUUGUUCAGGUCGGCCUUCUCCUCCUUUUCCCUCCUCCUCCUUCUCCUCCUCCUGCACGACGUUGCUUGCCAAAACGUUUCAAAAACGUUUCUCCUCCUCCUCCUCCUAA